UCUUUUUAUUAUUUCUAUUCUUUGGAUUUUUCAGAUCUUCUCUGUGGCCUAAAAUGUCACUUUUGUGAAUAUUCGAUGUGCACUUGAAAAGCUUAAAGUGAACUUAUGAUUCUUCUACCUAGCCUAGAAUCAGUGUUUUUAAGGACCAGCUGUUCAGGGGCAUCUCGGACGAGAGCCAGGCACAUUUGAGACUUGGAUCUCACUAAAGACUGCCGCAGAUUCGUGUGCAGCAAUGUCGGUGUUAGAGGAAAGCCGACCAUUCGCUCAACAGCUAUCCAAUGUCUACUUUACGAUACUUUCACUUUUCUGUUUUAAGCUUUUUGUGAAAAUCAGCCUGGCCAUCCUCAGCCACUUCUACAUUGUGAAAGGGAACCGCAAGGAAGCGGCAAGGAUAGCAGCUGAAUUUUACGGAGUAACCCAAGGACAAGGUUCCUGGGCAGAUCGCUCACCACUACAUGAAGCAGCAAGUCAAGGUCGCCUCCUUGCUCUGAAAACAUUAUUAUCACAGGGUUAUAAUGUUAAUGCAGUAACCAUAGACCAUGUCACCCCCUUGCAUGAAGCCUGCCUUGGAGAUCAUGUGGCGUGUGCCAAAACUCUUCUGGAAGCUGGGGCUAAUGUAAAUGCAAUCACAAUAGAUGGUGUGACUCCUUUAUUCAAUGCCUGCUCACAAGGCAGUGCAAGCUGCACAGAACUUCUUUUGGAAUAUGGUGCCAAACCCCAGCUGGAGUCAUGUCUUCCUUCUCCCACACAUGAGGCCGCCAGCAAAGGCGCUGAUGUACAGAAAGGCAAAUAUUGGGAUACUCCAUUACACGCUGCUGCUCAACAACCCGGUCUGGAAAUUGUAAACUUACUGCUAGAAUUUGGAGCAGAUAUCAAUGCCAAAAAUACAGAGCUUCUGCGACCUGUAGAUGUAGCUGCCUCUAGCAGUUUGGUGGAAAGAGUAUUGCUUCAACAUGAAGCUACCCCAAGCUCCCUUUGCCAACUCUGCCGACUCUGCAUCAGAAACUACAUGGGGAGACCACGACUGCACCUUAUCCCACAGCUCCAGCUGCCAACAUUAUUGCAGAAUUUCUUGCAGUACCGAUAAAGCAGUAAAAUAAUUCUAAAUACUUUAAAAAAUCAAAAAUUUCUAUUUCACCUGCUUAGUGUAUAUUUCAUAUUAAAAUAUGCAUAAGAUAGAGUAAAAGUGAGUGUGAGAACACCCAGGGAAAAAGUGAAAUAUCAAUUUUAAUUUUAAGUGUACCAUUGUUUUAUGCAUUUUUAUUGUUUUUGACUAUCGUAGAUCUAAUGUAUCUAUACAUUAUUCCCAUAUACCCUUUUGUUGAUUUAGAAAAAAUGAGAAAGUCUCCAUUUUAUGUUUUCUAGAGUGGUAAAAAAUGUAAAUUCUUACAAAAAUUAUUCA